GCAGCUUCCGCUGUGUAGCUGAGCAGGCUUGAAUCUAUCCCUGUGAUGUACUCUGAGUGCUGCUGCUGGGUGCUUUGAGUGGACUCAGACAAGCUCCGAAGUCGGGACAUGGCUCAGAUCCUGGGAAAAACGGCCAGUGUGUCUGUUAAACAAAUCAAAGCAUACCUGCCUGUCGGAUUCUCUCAGCAUCCCUCAGUCCCCACCUGUUGCAGGGAUUCAGUGACCUAUGAUGAUGUGAAUGUCAUCUUCACUCGGGAAGAGUGGGCUUUGCUGGAUCCUUCUCAGAAGAGUCUCUAUGAAAAUGUGAUGCUGGAGACCUACAAGAAUCUCACAGCUAUUGACAUCCCAGGAACCCUGCCUGAACACUCAAGGAAUGUAGUCUAACCCCAGAAGAAAUGGCAGAUUUCUCAAGGUCCCGGAGUCUGGUUGCAGCUCUGCUCACAAAGCCUCAGAGAUACAGAAUGUGCUACAGGGAAGUAAUGGAGACUGAAUAUUGGGUCUGAUCACAAAGCCUAGCAACAGACUCACCUAAUAAAAGGAACUAAUAAUCAUUGGUUAUUAGUAUCUAUCAACAUCAAUGAACUCAACUCUCCAAGAAAAAUAGACUGACAGAAUGGUUUCGGGAACAGGAUCCAACAUUUUGGUGCCUACAAGAAACACACCUCAGUAUCAAAGUUGGACACUACCGCAGAAUACAGGGCUGGAAAAAGGUUUUCCAAGCAAAAGGACACAGGAAGCAAGCUGGAGUAGGCAUCUCAAUAUCUAAUAAAACAGAGUCUCCACUAAAAUAAAUCAAAGGAGAUGGGGAAAGACACUUCAUUCUCAUCAAAGGAAAAAUCCAUAAGAGGACAUCCCAAUCCUGACCAUCUAAGCCCCAAAUACAAGAACACCUGCAUUCAUAAAA